AUGUCGAAGAGGACGGUGCUGCGGGUGGACACCUCCUGCGCCAAGUGCAAGCGCAAGGUCAUGCUCGCCGUCUCCAGCCUCCAAGGUGUGGACAAGAUCGAGAUCGACUCGGAGAAGGGCACGAUGACGGUGACCGGCGGCGUGGACCCGGUGGACGUGGUGGAGGCCACCAGGAGGAAGGCCGGGAAGCGCGCUGACGUCCUCACCAUCGGCCCGCCGCCGUCCGCGUCGGCCGCGUCCAAGCCGGAGGAGAAGAAGAAGCCCGAGCAGCAGCAGAAGCCGCAGCAGACAUAUGUGGCGGCGGAGAGGAGGACGCCUGAGCCGCCGGUGACGCUGUACGUGCACCACGUCCCGCCGCCGCCGCCGUCGUGGCCCGCGUACGAGCAGUGCGCCGUCGUGCCCUACCACUACCAGCAGCAGCAGGACCCCUGCUCCAUCAUGUAG